CUUCGUUCAUUCCCGUGGUGGGACAAGCCAGCGCUAGUCGGUACUUUUUUCGCUGAUGUGAGAUCUCGUCGCCCCUUUGAAAACUGAUUGACUUAGACAACGCUUGUCUCGCUCCUUUGCCUUCCUUCAAGAAUGACAGUAUUUCAAGUACCGUUGAUUGAAGUUUUUCUAUAUCAAAUUUAACGAGGCUUUGAUAGUUUCGUCUGUGCAUUUCCUUAGAUUUAUUUCAUUAAAAAAAAUUCUCGCCAAAGUUGCAAGAAAGGAAAAGAAUAAAAUGCGUGCUUUUAUUUUGUGGUGUAUAACAGCAGUGCCGCUCUUGGCUGGAGGUACAGUUGGCGAGACGUCGACGCAGAAUCCCCUGCCCCUGCUCAGCUUCUCCACGACAGACAUGGACAUGUUGAUACACAGCUCGGAACAAGUUAAUCUGUCGCUCAGCUCUCCGCCGGACACUCCCUUCAACAUCUCAUUUUCCUCUGACGGAGAUGUGUUGGAAGACGUCGAAGCCAUCUACGUCAGCCCAAGUUCCCCUCUGUCGUGGGUCGUAACGCUCAACAGCACCAGCAACGGCAAAACUUUAUUCAGAGCUGAGCCAGAUGUCGUCGGUGUUGUUGCAUCCGACGACGCCUUCAUCAGGGUGAGCGUAAUGAUCAACCCGGCCAUCAACGUCGUAGCGGAUGUUCUGGGCUGGGUCUACACCAUCGCCUGGGAUAUCUCCUUCCUGCCUCAGAUCUACAAGAACUGGAAGAGGAAAAGCGUCGUCGGACUGGCCUUUGAUUUUCUAACGUUAAACUUCAUCGGAUUCUUUUCCUACAUGAUGUACAACAUUGGAAAUUUAUGGAUCCCAGAAAUCCAGGCCGAGUUCCACGAUCGUCAUCCAACAUCUGUGAUGCACGUCAGACUCAACGAUGUCAUCUUCCCUAUGUACGCUUUGCUCUGCACUGCUAUUCAAAUUGUGCAGUGUAUUUUCUAUAAGAGAGACCCUGGUCAACGUGUGUCUAUGACGUGUCGGGUCAUCUCGAGUCUUAUGAUUGCUGCCGAGGUCAUUGUACUCAUCAUAGCAGCAAGUUCUGAUCUCCUUCAGUGGCUGGAUCUCCUGUUAUGUCUCUCCUACAUCAAAAUCUUGGUUACCUGUAUCAAAUAUAUACCACAGCUGUACAUGAACUACAAAGUCCAAAGUACAGAAGGCUGGAGCAUCUGGCAAGUGAUUUUAGACUGCACUGGAGGAUCUCUUUCUCUCAUACAGAUGUUCAUGCUGGCUUCAAAUUAUGCUGACUGGAACUCAGUACUAAGGGAUCCAGCAAAGCUUGGUUUAGGUCUUCUCUCAAUUUUCUUCAAUAUUUUCUCUUUAUGCAGCACUACUGUCUUUACAGAGGAGUCAAAAUUCGUCCAGACGUUACUACAGAGAAACCGAUCAGCACUGACGAGAAAAUAUCCAGGAAAUCGUCUGGUUCAUCAAAGUGCAGCGUCGAACUCAGAGGAGUGGUCAACCCAGACCCUGACGCCCACCUCUGAGUUGUUGGCUUCAGUGCUUCGCUUGCUCUCCGUCGCUAGAAAUCAUAGAUGAUAAAAGAUCAAAGAUCACACUUUAGUAGUUAGUUCAACACACACACACACACACACACACACACAUGUGUAUAUAUAUACAUGUAUAUAUAUGUAUAUAUCUUUGUAUAUACUAUACACAUACGUAUAUAUGUGUGUGUUCAUAUAGAAACCCUUGAGCUUGUUACAUAUCUUUAGUUAUCAGAUAGAUUUUUGAAAGUCUAGUGCCUGGCUACCUUUUAGAUGUGUACCACUUUCCUGAUAAAACUCUUGACUGAAUAAUAAUUGUCAAGUACAAUUUAGCAGAGUUAAGAAAUCAUAUGAAAUUACUGUUAGCUGUGGGAUAAACAAAUUUCCAAGUUCAGAGAUCACUUACGAAUUUUAUGUAUAU